UUAAGAAAUGUUUCAGUACAUUUCUGAACCUCAAUAUUUACUAUUUACUAUUUACUUUAUUCUUAAUGUUAGUUAGUUAAUGUUUAUUCAUUACUUCUUCAAUUAUGGAUGAUAAAAAUAAGAAGCCUAUAAAAACCAUGAGCAGACUGUCUUCCCUAGCAACUAGAGACUUCAACUUAGGUGGCACUAAACCGAAGAAAGUUUAUACCCCAAAUCUAAAUGCAGUAAGAAAUAAAAGUGAAAGAACCACAAAAGUAAAUAAUGUUAUAAAGAAGGAGAGAUUCAAAACCAGACCUCAGAGAUCCUUCAACAAAAAUUCUCAAAAUGAUCGUUUUGUACAAUCGUCUGGUGUUUUCUCUGAAGGUACUGCAUAUGUUAAAAGGCCGACCAUAUAUUCAGAUAAGCAUGCUGCUCUUCGUGAAGCUGGUACAAGUUCAGGCAUGAUUAAGCCAAAAUUAGGACAUAGUAUAUUAAUUGAUCCAGAGUAUGAAACAACUGUGGUUGAAGAUUUACUUACAUAUGAUGAAAACGAGCCUGAAAAUGAUGAUGGCUAUCAGCCAAUUGUAUUGCCUUUAGCCUCAAAUAAGACUAAUUUUAUUAAUUCAUUUAAAGUAAAAAAAGAACCAGAAAUGAAUGUCAAAAAGGAACUGGAUGAGGAUAACAUAGAACUGCCUAAGGUGAAUGGUUUAAAUAUUUGUGAUGGUCCUAUGAACAUUUCUGUGAAGGAAGAGAAUGUUGAUAUACAUGCGCCAAUAAGUUUCAUAAGCAAUAAAAAUUAUGAUAAUGAAGAUUAUCCAAUAUCUCUAGUAAAGUUACCAGAUUCAUUACCGGGAAAGGGAUUUGAUGAUGAUAAUAAUGUAAUUGAUUAUACUCUAAAGCAGAUGCAUGAAGGGAAAAUUGGGAAAAUUCUAGUCAGAGCAUCUGGACAAAUUGAUGUUGUAAUUGGUGCUACUAAUUAUACUUUGGAUGCUGUUGAAGCAGCUCAAUUCACAGAAGAACUGAUGUGUACAUCUGAUCAAAGUGAGUUGAAAAUGGAGCCGUCAAUUUCCAAUAUAGGUUCCAUCAAAGAAAAAUUCGUAAUAUCACCUGUGUGGACUGAUUUGCUAAUGAAGAAAAAAUGAUCAUACUAUGUCCCCGGAUGACUAAGCUUUAAGUGACGUUAUUAUACAAAUCACUUGAGAUUUACUUACUCUUUAUUUUCAUAUAAGAAUAACAAUAGUUAAUAUACAAAAGAAAAU